CAUGAUAUUAGUUGGUCUCGAGAAGAAGGUACAUUCCACAAAGGGGUAAUUUUUUCUCUCCCAUGCUCCCUAAACCCUCUCUAAAAUUCUGUCUCACUUUCUGGGUUUUCUGGAAAAACGAACGUUAGCACUUUUCAGGUGAACGUUACUCUGUUCGGUAGUUCAAUCUUCUUUUCAUUGCUCUCUCUGUCUCUCUCUCCACUCUUCACUCAAAAGUCGGCUUCACUGUAUGCGUCUAGGGUUUAAGCCUGUCUUUUAAUGGCUGCCCAAAUCUCAGAUUGCAGUAACCAAGUAAUUUCUGAAACCACAGAAGCGGGUAAAUUAGCUAAUGGGUCAGUUGAUUUGGGGUGGAAAAUGGGACCCAAAUCUAGUGAAUGUGACCCGGGUUCGGAGAAGAAGAAGAGGAAUAGUUUCAGGGCGGAGAUUGACACGUCAGCGCCGUUCGAGUCGGUGAAGGAAGCAGCGAGUCGAUUCGGCGGUAUUGGGUUUUGGAGACCCAACUCUCACAAGCUCUCUUCUAAAGUUUCUGAGCAUGAAAUUGAAGUGGUUGAUAUCACAAAAGUGGAGGAACAGGCUGCACAGUUAGAGAAAGAUUUGGUUGUGAAAGAAAGGGAAACACUUGAUGUAUUAAAAGAACUGGAAAGAACUAAACUGAUUGUAGAAGAACUAAAAUCAAAGCUACAGAAAGAAACAUUUGAAGUCAAUGCAGUCCUCAACGCUAAUUCCAAUGAUCAGAAUUUGCAGCCUGCUGCAGAAGUAUCUGAAAAGGAAAGUCAGGAAAACACUGCAAUUUCCCAUCAGGAUAUGGUGGGUGGUUUGGACCUCUGUCCCUCCUCGGGUCCAGGUUUCAUCUUAAUGGGUUUGAAACAGGCCAAGUUCAACCUAACCAGGACUACGAAUGACCUUGCUGAUAUCCGAGCUACUGUUGCAUCAUAUAGCAAGAAAAUAGAGAAGGAAAGGAUAUUGCUUGAAAAGACUCGUCAAAGGUUGUCUUCGAAUUCUUCGAAAAUUUCUUCUCUUGAAGAGGAGCUAAACAAGACAAAGCUGAAUCUACAGCUGGCCAAACAGGAUGAAGUUAAAGAUGGUCUUGAUAAUCCGAUGGAUAUUUCAAUGGAGCUACAACAACUGAGUUCUGAGACGGAGCAGUUUAAGAAAAUGGGAGAAGCAGCAAAAUCAGAAGUUUUGAGAGCCAUGUCUGAGAUUGAGCAGACAAAGACUAGGAUUAAGACCGCUGAGAUCAGAUUGGUUGCAGCCAGAAAAAUGAAGGAAGCCGCCAGAGCCUCUGAAACUGUUGCUCUUGCAGAGAUUAAUGCCCUAUCAAACAGUGAGAGCUCCUCUGCAGUUCUUCUGCAAAAGCCUGAUGGUGUAACUCUUUCAUUUGAGGAAUACUCAUCUUUAACUGCCAAAGCUCGAGAGGCAGAAGAAAUUUCCAAGAAGAGAGUGAUGGAUGCCAUGCUUGAAGUUGAUGAAGCUAAUGUGUCAAAAGCAGAGAUCUUAAGGCGGGUAGAGGAAGCUACGGAAGAAGUCAAAAUCAGCAAGAAGACAUUUGAAGAAGCUCUGAGCAGAGUAGAGGAUGCAAAUAGAGGGAAGUUGGCAGUUGAAGAGGCUCUGUGCAAGUGGCGAUCUGAGCAUGGUCAGAAAAGACGUUAUGUACAUAAUUCUACCAAGUUCAAGAAUUCCUACCCAUCUCACCUCCGUAAAGAUUCUCGUGUCUUAGAUGCAAAUGGAUUGAAUCUGGUUAAUGAUGAGUCAAAGCCAGUUUUGAGGUCAACUCUGUCGAUAGGGCAAAUACUGAGCAGAAAGCUGCUGUUAACAGAAGAAUAUGAGAAUGGGAUGCAGACAGAAAAAAGCAAUGGGAAGCGCAAGGUAUCAUUGGGUCAAAUGCUUAGUAAACCCAGUGGUGAUCUCCGUGCUACUACUCUAAAGGGUGAGAAGGGUGGUGGUCACAAGCAACUCCCCACAAAGAGAAAGAAGUUUGGGUUUGCUCAGAUCUCGCUCCUUGUGACAAAGCAAGGUAAGAAAAAGAAGAAACAAACUGCGAGUUCAAGAUGCCACAGUGGUUAAAUCAAUUGAUUUAAGAUCAGGAAUUGACUUCUUCUUGUAUGUCUUACUCCCUUCCCCUUCCCCAUCCCCUUCCUCCUUCCCCUUCAUCUCAUUUUCUUCGUUUCUAAUUAUCUGGUGUAGUGUUAAGUUUGCAUGGGUUGCUAAUGUUCCUGAUCCCUUUCAGAUAUUGUUCCCCUUUUCUGGUGGUUGGAGGUGUAAUACUGGGUUUUAAGAUUAUAUAUAUUAGAUUUAACCUUCC